GAAGCUUGGGUUACUGGUAAUGUUGUUUUAAUUGCAGAUUUAUUAACAGGUGGAUAUUUUAUUGAAAAUAUUCCAUAUUGGUUAAAAUGUUGGAUUAAAUGGUUAUCAUUUUAUAAAUAUGCUUAUGAUGCAUGUAUUCAAUUAUUAUUUAUGGGUGAACAUUUAUAUGAAUGUGUUAAUGGAAAUUAUAUUGAUCAAUGUAAAAAUAAUACAAAUGGAACAUUUAAUGGUACUGAUGCAUUACAAUAUUUUAAGGUUGAUUUUAGUAUUGCUUUUAAUUUUCUUGUUCUUUUUGGUAUUUUUAUUGUCUUUCGAGUUUCAGGAUAUAUUUCAUUGCGAUUUAUAAAACAUCAUGAUGGUCGAUCUUGA